UCACAAAAAAUCGCAGAGCGCACUCGCGAGUAGCGCGGCGUGCACCAAGUCAUUCGCGACCAGCUCCCGUGAUCUGCCGUCCCGUCCUCACCUCCGCCUCCACAGUCCACACGUAUAAAAUGCGCGAGCUGCAGAACCCAACCAAAGAGUAAACAACCGUGUCACGCUCAUGCACGCGUUUUCUCGGUGAGCACACACCACACAGACACAGGAGCCGCCGCCGAGGCGGGCUAAACUGUCUGACCACACGGCACAGGCGUACGUAGCUAGCAGUGGGCGCGAAGCAAGGCAUUAGGCGACUUAUGGCGUGGUCGGAGACGGACGCCGCGCUGUUCGCGGCGGUGCUGGGGCGGGACGCGGCGCACCACCUGGCCACCACGCCGCCGCACCUGGGCGGGCCCGCGGCGUCGGCGUCGGCGUCGGCGCCCGAGCUCCAGGCGCGCCUGCAGGACCUCGUCGAGCGGGGCAGCGGGGCGUGGACGUACGGCAUCUUCUGGCAGGAGUCCCGCGCCGGCGGCCGCGCCGUGCUCGGCUGGGGCGACGGCCACUGCCGCGACGCCAGCGGCGGCGGCAGCGCCUCGGCCUCGCACGACGACGACGACGAUGCGGCGGAGCGGAGCGUGGCGCGGAAGCGCGCGCUGCUGCGGCUGCACGCGCUCUACGGCGGCGGGGACGGGGACGACGAGGGAGCCGACUACGCGCUCCGCCUCGACCGGGUCACCGCCGCCGAGAUGUACUUCCUCGCGUCCAUGUACUUCUCCUUCCCAGAGGGCGCGGGCGGGCCGGGCCACGCGCUCGCGUCCGGCCGCCACGCCUGGGCCACCGUGGACCCCCACCACCCGCGCGGACCGGGCGCCGGUGCCGCGCCCGCGUGGUACGUCCGGGCGUCGCUCGCCCAGUCCGCGGGGCUCCGCACCGUCGUCUUCCUCCCGUGCAAGGGCGGCGUCCUCGAGCUCGGCUCCGUCGUGCCCGUCCGCGAGACUCCCGAGACGGUGCGCGCAAUCCAGACCGCCCUCGCUGUUGCGCCGCCCCCGGCACGCGAGGAAUGCAUGAGAAUCUUCGGCAAGGACCUCUCCCCCAGCGGCCGAACCCCGCGCAGCGGCGACAAUUGGGCUCCACAGCAGCUCGGCGUCCAAGCCACGGCGUCCAAGGAAGCCGCCGCCGCGAGACCCAAGGCUCCGGAGCCGCCGCCCAGGAGCAUAGACUUCACCAAGCCGCCAGGAAAGCCCGAGCAGCAGGCCGGUGUCGGCGAGGAGCGGAGGCCGCGGAAGCGCGGGCGGAAACCCGCGAACGGGCGGGAGGAGCCACUGAACCACGUGGAGGCGGAGCGGCAGCGGCGGGAGAAGCUGAACCAGCGGUUCUACGCGCUGCGCGCCGUGGUCCCCAAGAUUUCCAAGAUGGACAAGGCGUCGUUGCUCAGCGACGCCAUCGCGUACAUCCAGGAGCUGGAGGACCGGCUCCGCGGCGGCGGCGGGUGCUCGGCGGCGCGCCCGGAGAGCCCCGCCGUGGAGGUGAAGGCAAUGCAGGACGAGGUGGUGCUGCGCGUGACGACGCCCCUGUACGCGCACCCGGUCUCCAGGGUGUUCCACGCCAUCAGGGACGCCCAGCUGAGCGUGGCGGCGUCGGACGUGAGCGUGGCGGACGACGCCGUGACGCACACGCUCGUGCUGCGGUCGGCCGGGCCCGAGCAGCUCACCGCGGAGACGGUGCUCGCGGCGAUGUCACGGGGGAUGACCAGCGCCACCCCCUCCCCGUGACUUUCUGUGUGUACUGUAGCGGUAGCCGUAAGUCGUAACCGCACUCGCCUCGUGCGUGCAACUGCCAGUCGUUAGUGCAAGUUGUUUUUUCCUUGUGACUGCAUGCCGGCCACGUAGUAAAGCCAUAGAAAAUGGAAUGGCCAGGAUUAAAUUUACUGCUCGUUUCCUAGCUAGUUUUACAUUUGGAUUGGAUUUAUCAGAUGAGAUUCGUACACGUAGUAGGCACAGUUUGACAGUCUGUUGUUCCUCUAGCUACUCCUACGUAAGGAUGAAAACGGAAAUGAAAAUUUCUGACCGAAUCGUAUCGUUUUCUA